AUGAUUGAGCAUCGCGGCUGCCGACUUGGUCAUGUCGUUGUCCGUGCACCUUGCAGAGUUUCACAGCAAACCUACACCCGUGGAUUGGCAUGGGCUCUGCCAAUGAGCAGAAGAAAAUCAACUUCCAGGUUGUGUAAGCCUGGUCUUGCAGUGGUUGCCGGCAUGUAUUGGGCAUUUGCUGCGACACGUCGUCGAGGAGCCACUCGAACUGCCAAGGACACGGAGGAAACGACAGAUGCUCAAGAGGAGAAUUGGCUGAGCAAAUUCACAUCUGUCGAUGUUUCGGUUUUCCAGCGCCCGCGUGCAUACGCAACCCGGACAGCUCUGGAACGGGCAUUGGAAGGUUUGCCGGUACGAUUGAAGGAUCUCUCACGCAAAAACGGUCCCAAUGUGCCUUUGUCGCAGCUGGAGAGCCCAAUUUACCGAGGCGUCGCUUUCCUGACUGCUUUUGCAGCAUACCCAACCGUGGUGCGCUGUUUGCGCUCCUUGCUUUACGAUGACCUCGGUGGGAACACGGAGGACCUAGCAGAUGUUGUGACUGAGUUUGUAACCGUGGAAACCUUCGUUUUCGGCAGCUACGCUGGUGUGACCCUCCAAGUGCAGAUGCAACGCCUCGCGGAUCUUCAAACAGAGUCCGUCAAGGAAAGUGCCUUGUUGUCAGGUUUGUCAGAGCACACUGUCGGGCUCUUCGAUUCGUUGGACAAAAGAUCGCUGCAAGGGGGGACCGGGGCAACUGUGGCCAAAAAUGAGGACAAAGCAUUGCUGGCAUUGUGGCACCACUCUGAGCGAAUGGCUUAUGGCACGAGGGGUGUGGAGUUGAUGGACAUAGCUGAUCGCGAUCGCCAAAGCGACAGCAUCAGCAACUAUCGGCAAGCACUCCUCAAGUGGGGCCGCAUGCGGAGAGAACAGCCUUCAACAGCACCGCUGUAUGAGCCAGAUUUGCAAGUGUGUUUGGGCAUGCUGAACAAUUUGAGAGAUUUUCGAGCGGGGCGAUUAUCCAGGGAGUCACUGACACUGCCACCUACAUUUUUUUGGACAUUUGGUUUACUGUCGAUAUUUAUUUCCAUAUCGUUUGCUCUGAGGGAGGCUGCGGAUCCCAACAGCGAAUUUUCCAUCGUAGACCGCUGUUUCUUCGCGACGCUGACACUGGCAUUUCUCACUUUGUUUCGCUUGGCCGUAGAUGUGAACUUCCCUUUUGGUGGGGACUAUCAAAUCCGACGCGGGGCCCUGACAGCCGAGCUAGUAGCAGCUCGCACCACUUUGGCAAAGGCACUGGGCCCAGAUAAGCUAGCAGUAUACAAGGCCAAAGAAGCCAAACAAAGAAGCAUCGACGAAAAUGGUUUUGCCCCGGUAGCAGCCCGCCAGACAGAUUUAGGUUGCGAAUGUUGCUGCGGUUGGUCUUGA